AUCAGUGGUUUGCAGGUUUCGUUAUCUGUCCCAUUACCACAGCUCAGACACCACGAGUCCAGCUGUUUAGCUUUUGCAACCGCAGAAAAUCUAGGGCACAUUUCUUCUAUUUGUGUUUCCCGAGCUGCGAUAUAAACAGAAAGUCACAUGGCCAGGUUGCUGAGCUGUGGAGCUCAAGCUCACGUGACCAACUACGUCACCGAAUUUCCGCCAAGCAGGAAGACAGAUAAACACAGACGGUCGUGUGGGAUUCAGCGAAGCAAACAGCGAGCGUUCCAGUCGCAAUAUUUCAGUCUCUGCACACUUCUGCUCUCCUGGAGGGUUGCAACUCUGAUCAAGGAGAGGUGACAAAAGGGAGAUUAGCGCCCGCCUGAGCACUGAUGAGAGCCUGAGGAUAAGCUGUGUGCUGGCAGAAGGUGUGGACAGACUAAAGAGUGACCAGUGGUCAAACCUUAGCCAGCAUCCACUUACCACAUUGGCCACACGUCUCCCAGCUGUCACUGAUACACUUCCCCAGCAGGUAGAGGCACUACAGCUGCAAAGUGUCCUGUUUGGAUGGCGCACAUCUUGGCAGUGUUCUGCCUAAGCCUCCACCUCAUCUGAGCAUCACUUCCUGUUGUUCAUUUCUCCCCUGGCUGACCUCAUGUUGGGCUGUCACCCCACAUCAUUUUCAUGUUCCUAUUCGGCGCCCAAGAUGGUAAAGACGUUUCAAGCGUACCUGCCGAGUAAGAGCUACCGCACUUACAGCUGCGUGCAUUGCCGGGCUCACCUGGCCAAUCAUGAUGAGCUUAUAUCAAAGUCUUUCCAGGGUAGUCAGGGGCGGGCAUACCUCUUCAACUCUGUGGUGAACGUGGGAUGUGGUCCAGCUGAGGAGAGGGUACUACUCACGGGCCUGCAUGCCGUGGCAGACAUCUACUGUGAGUGCUGCAAGACAACACUUGGCUGGAAAUAUGAGCAUGCCUUUGAGUCAAGCCAGAAGUACAAAGAGGGGAAGUUCAUCAUAGAGCUGGCUCACAUGAUCAAAGACAAUGGCUGGGACUGACCCGGGUUCCUGGGUUCCGGAAAGAACCUCCUUGGCUCUUCAGCAACCCUAAACCACUACGACAAUAGUGGUCUUGUGAUAAAGGACACGUUCUGAAGUUUUGACCAAUGCAACGCCAUUUUUGUCUUUGUACGAGAACUUUGAAUGAUCUCAAAGCACGGUUUGGUUUCUUGUGCCUGCAUGAAAAAAAAAACAAAAAGUCAUGAUUUGUUUUUUUGUCACACCAGGAGAUUGUUGUCAAAUGAAAUCAGAAACAGUGCAGCUUUGUUCGUAAAGACUGGUGGAGAUCCUGUGAUAGAACCUCGGCAAACAAAUUCAAUAUGUGGGCGACUUGGACAGCUGGUCCAGGCCAGUGCCAUGUGACCGGGACACAACAGUGGGUGGACGAAGCUCAACUGCAGGGCACCCACUCUAAGGACAAGCCAAAACGUGCAUUCCUUCAUCUUUCAGGGUUUUAUUUUGGGCAUACAGAAAUGAUGCACAGUGCUGUUGGAGAUGAAAAGCCAAGGGAGCUUUUUUGCUGCAAGGUGCAUGUUAGCAGUGACACAAAGCAUGCAUGAGUCAAGGAAGUGAGUCACAUACUGAAUCACAGUAGUGAACUGCAUGCCGAAGUCACAAUAGUGAGUCACAUGCCUCAGCUGUUAAUCAUGAUCCACUUGGUACUGCAGACCCAUGACAGCACAUUCAAACAUAUAUGUACGUUUCUCGAACAGGGGUUUUUGUGGUUACACAGGGCAACUCAUCUCUUAUUGCGUGUGAUCAUGCCAAUCAGGAUAUCGCUUUUACACAUACAUGUAUGUUUUAAGAGCUAAUGCGAAUGCUUCUCCUGUAGCAGACAUUGAAAACUGUCUCAUAUACAGAGAGACAAAUUGUCUUUUGUAAAAGACAAACUGAUUGCAAAAAACUCAGCAGGUGACUUUUUCUAAGGUGAACCUAUUCCCCAUACCGCUUCCCACAAACCUAUAUAUUUUUUUUUUCAUAACUCAUUUUUUUUUUGCAUUUUUAAUGCGGUCAUAAAUGGCUUUGUAGUUUUUUGUGAAAAACACUCUCAGCUGUAUACUACGUGUAUUGCAACAAAGAUGUCAUGUGAUUGUUGUACAUAGCAUGUACAGUUCACCCAUAUAUAUUUUCAUGAUUCAUUUCUGACUCCUAGUUAAGGUUUCUUCCUCCCUCUCCUCCACUCCCACCCCCACACCCCCACCCCCACAUUUUCAUUGACAGACAGUUUCAAGGGACCAUGUAUUUAAUAGUUCUCAUGUCAUAUAUGUAUUAGAACACAUUUAGUUUCAUAAUCACGCAACAGUUCUCGCUUAGCGAUCAUUGUCUGCAGGGACAGUUGAUACGACGACAACACUUUCAUUUAUAAAUGAGAAAAUUCUGAUAAUUUUCCCCCCAAUGUGCCUUUCUUCAUACAACUACAUACAUAUCUUUCAGAAAUGUUCUAUCUUUUGCAUAUACACAAAGGUUUCGUUUUAUUCAUCUGGGCAAAUCUCCAUGUACAUGUAGGGUAUGAAAAGCCAUGUCAUCCUACACGUGUGUUGCACAUUCAUUUGGAUUGGAUUUGCAAAUAAUUCAUCGGGCAGAGUACACAUGUACUGCACAUCUUUGUCAUCGUGCAGGCAUGCCCUUCUGUGUUGCAGACUUGAUGUAGUCUCUAGGGCUAUUGUCAACAGUGGCAAAUUUAACACUAACUGCGUAUUUGUCUAUUCAGUGGUGAAUCCAUAAUAAGCUAUGUGUAGGUUCCCGAUCUGUGACAUGACCAUGGCAUAUCGGCCAUGAACUAAGUAUGCAAACAUGGUUUGUCAUAGUAUUCUUCUUCUGAAAUGGUGAAUAAAUUAGCAUAUUGAAUAACAUAUUAAAUAGAUGCCGCUUUAUAAUGGGAGCAUUUACAGGUAC